AUGGAUCUUUGCAAAGAGAGGUCGCUGUUCGAGCCACCGUCAACGUCGCCCCUCGCCUUGCACGAGUUCCUCCAAGGCCACAAGGCACACUCAUUCAUCGUCACCUCCAGUUGUACCUAUGAAGUAACCUGUCCGUCCAUGGAAGAGGAGGGACUUGGACGCUCCCUGUCAUGUCAGGCAUCCGGCGAGGCGCAAGCCGCCUCUCGCUCCGAGCAGCACGCCCGAUCAUCCCACCCCGACCCUAUCCCUCUCGGCUCGCAGUCGAGCUCCCAGCGGGAUAUCCGGGGCUCCCUGCCGAGGCCGGCGGAAGACGACCACGAGCAUCACCAGCGCAGAGGCUCGCCGGAGCAAGCCCUCCAGGAUCCGUCGCCUUACCUGUCCGCUCGUGCUCCUCCUCGGGAGCUGUUACCCGACUGGCGUGGCACUCGCAGGCCACUCCUCCCCAUUAUCGGUGGCGGCAGUAAUGAUAAGGCCGACUAUAUCCGCAGCUGGUCGAUGGGCAUCACCGAGCACGGCGACGAGGCCUACUGCGGGUGCGGCGACGCGCCAGCCCCGCCCGAGCCGACCCCGGCACCACCGGGCUCGAUCCUACCCGCAAAGGAGAAGUCGCAUGUCCGGAUGAUCAGGGGACGGUCCCGGGUUGGCGAGUCCAAGGGAAGCGGAACCCACAACGGCCAGGGCCACCAGCAGCAGGGAGAGGCCGCCGCGGUCACAACGGCGGCGACGGCUCCCCAUGAGGCCCCGGUCCUGCCUCCGGCAAGGGUGCUGUGCCCGUAUUGUGGCAGGCCACUCGCACCCGCGAUAGCGCCGGGGGACAGGGACGAGCACGUCUGGGGAAUGUCGAAGCUCGCCGUCCGGGUGAAGGGCGCGUUCAAGCGCCUCCUUGGCCACAGUCAAAGGGGCGACGGCGGCAGCAGCCACGGCCAAUACAGGGGGCCAGGAACAGGCGGCCUGUGGCAGGAGCAAGCCGCCAGGCCAGAACAUAAGGAGAACGUCGAGGGAGGCAAGGAGAACAAUGCGGUCGAACGACCAGCGCCAGGGCCAAGCCAACCAACGCCAUAUAACGGAGGCCAUCGUCCGCACCAAACGGAACAACCAGCCUUUGACGAGGAAGACGGAGACGUGGACCCCGACGAGCUGAGCAUCGAGAGCGGGCCGGAUGGGAGGCCUGGCGGCGGCAUCGAGGAGAGGGAGGCUAGGCUGCGUAGGGCGCGGGACCUCCACGAGAGAUCGCACCGUACGAUCGCUGUGGGGACCGGCGCGGCCGCGGGCGCGGCGGAUGGGUAG